GAGCCUACUUGAUCAAAUUUUUGGGUGAAUAACGAAUAUUCUUAUUCUUAUUUUCGUUCUUUUCAAUCUGAACAGUCGGAAGAAACGGACGUUCUUGCUGCAAUUCAAGGAAUUUAAUUAGUGGCACUGAGAAAAGGCAGUGUUUUAAGUAUUCACCAAGAAAUACUAACCAACAAAAAUGGGGCGAAAAAUACCGGGAAGAAAACACAGAGGCGUAAAAGAUAUUGAAAAACAGCGAGCAGAACGAUUUGCCAAAAUAAAAGACAAGGUAAACACAGCGCCAACUAAUGUUGACGAACAACAAAUACCGAGUACACUUUCAAGAUUAAUUGAACUUAAAAAUAAAACUAAAGAAGGUCAGUACGAUAAGAAAAAUAAAAAUAAAAUAAAAAAAGGAAAAGAAAAUAAUUCGCACAAUGGCAAACCUGAGAAAAAUAUACCGAAGUUCGAGAGAAGAGUUGGGGAAAGUGAUCGAGAAUUUAAGCGUCGAAUGAACAGAAUUUGCACUGAAGUAGUGAAGGAGGCCGCUUUUGAGAACAAAUACCAGGUUGAUAUUAAGAGAAACGAAGAUGGAGAAGUAGAGGGUGUUGUCAAAAGGCCAAAAGACGAAUUGGAGCAAUUUGUUAAAAAGAUUAAAAAAGAGCGUAACCAAAAGAAGUCCAAAAAAGGUAAGAAAAAAGCCGAAGAAGGAGCACAGCCAAAAUUAUCAAAGCAACAGAAGUGGGCGUUAAAGAAGAAAGAAAAAAAGGAGAAGAAAAUCACCAAUCGGGAGGAAGAUUAUAACUUACAACCGAAAAAGGAAAUUAUCAAAUUUGGUGAAGUUGUUCAUGCACCUCCCAAUUUAGUCGCGCCAAGACGGGUGGAUAAAAAUGAAGGAGCCUCACGGCCUGGCCAAAAGGAGUUACUUCUAAAAUCUCUGCUUCCCAAAGAGAAGCAACAGAACCUCAAAAAAGGGAAAAAUAAGAAGGAAGAAAAACUUCAGGUGAUUUCUAAUCAGUCAAAAACUAUAAACAAAAAGGGUAAAAGGAAGGACUUACCCAAUGCGUUAAGGAGAACCCUCGAUAAGCAACAAAGUGAAGUUAUUGAGGCUUACAAAAAGAUUAAAUUACAGAGACGUGCUAAUUCUUAAGUGCAAUUUUGUAAAUAGGUACUUUUAAUACAAGGCGUUUCUUUAAUGUAUGUAUGUCGGUCAUACUUCGGAAACUACUGGAAAAAAAUUAUGGUUGAAAUGACCAUGAUAAUACCCCGAAAAUGAUAUAAAAAGUUUAAAUUUCACCGAAAAUUGUCCCAUUAAAAUAUAAUUUUGGUCUAUACAGUUUAAAAGUUACAGUUUGGUAUAGGAGAAUCUAAGGAAAAUUAUUAAAGUUAUUAAAUUAGGAUUUCUUUGUCUACAAAUAGUCCUUAGGAUGGCCCUUGCAUGAGACGUUAUUAUCUGGUAUGAACGCUUCAAACUUCACGUGUUCUAGCUCCUUCUGCAGUUUUGAAUUAAAUCAAGAUUUUGUUUUCUCAUUGGUUUGUUGAUAUUACCGAGUUUAAGAUUAAAUAUAACCUUAUCCACGGACAUGCAGGGUGCAUAUUGCCUGUAUUUAUCAAUUUGAUCCGAAGCAUUUUUCUCAUAUCUAAAUUUAUAGGCUUGGUUUGCUGAGUAAUGUGACUUAAUGGGUAAAAAUCCUGAGUCCUGAUUCAUUAUGAUGAUUUAAAAAUAGAAAAAAAUUCACAAUAUCCACCGAAAUUGGGUUAGUCAGGGUUUGGAUGAUUUCUCCAUGAAUGUCUUGGUGCUGUUUUAAACCAAUUUUUCUUGUUCAUCUUUAAAAUAUCGAUCAUCAGCUUCAGUUAUUUAAGAUUAAUGUUUAAGUGGGUUUUGGCGAACCGCUUAAACGUGGUUUUAAUUCCACACUUUGAAACACCAAGAAUAUUUGUAAUUUUACGAAUGUUUUAUCCACUUUUCACAAAACAAAUAUUUGUGAACGCUUUCCAAGUGAAAUUUCCUUUUUUCGAGCCAUUUUUAGCGAUCAGAGUCAGUUCUGCCAACUAUGGGUCGUAUUAAUAAAGUGAAGCACAUGCUUUUAGUCCACCUCCGUCUUUUUUUCUUGCAUUGAAGCGGAAUGUGUUUAUCUCAAAAAAAACUUAAGCAAAAGCAUGUACUUCUGUUUUAUUCAUAUGAGCCAAUGAUGGGACUGAACUUGACAUUUCUAGUGUGCACAAAAUAGAACAGGGCGCAAAGAACCCUUAUUUUUUUUUGACACAAACUCAAAUGAUCCAGAACGACUGCUUAAUAAUGGUUAUUACAUAUAUUUGAAAUUACAGCGCAAAAAUAAUCCUUCUUAAAAUUAAGAAUUUUUGAUUCCUUUAUACCGGGUGUCUUAGGAAAGUGGUUCGCCCCUAUAACUUUUUUAAUUUUUAUGUUACAAAAAUGAAAUUUGGUAAGUGGGUGUAGCAUCCAAAUUGGGAUUGGCUGACGUAUUCAGUUGUUUUCUGUCACUUCCGGUUUAGCCAGAAAUGAUCCUAACUUUGUUAUUUUAAAUGGGACCCCCCAACUUUUUUAACAUAUUUUGAUAGGAAAUUACAAUCUAAGAAAAAUGAGACACCCCAUAUGUCAACUUUUGACAUCUAACCUUUAAAUUAUUUUAUUUUUUAAAUUUCAAUCUAGAGUGCCAUGAAUAAUUUAAAAUCGGUUCAAGUAGUCCUAGAAAAAUAUAAUUGACUCUCUGUUUUUCACAGCUUUCCUAGAUGCGUCUAAAGUUUGCAAAAUCGUAUUUUCGGCUCUAACUUAAUUUUUUUAAAUAGAACUAGGGUGGCUCAUUGCCAUAGUUAAAAAGUGUAUUUUUUUACAAAUAAUUUGGUAUAAGACAAUCGAUAGUGGGUACUUUCAAAAAACCAGCAUUAUUGAAAUUUUAUUAUUUAUCUCUUAAUAUUGGAUUGAUCGCAGCGCCGCCGUCGCGUCACUGUAAAAUCUGACUGUAGUGAUGCGUGACUGACCCAAUGAAAAAACAAGUAAAUUAUUUGACAGUUGACAUGUCAUAUAAUUUAUUAAGGCACAAAAUGCCCACCCAUUUGUUGCUGGCAAAAUUGUCUGAAUAACUAUUAUUAUUAUUGAAAAAUGUCUGAAUAACUCGAAUUAUAUCAGAAACUGACAGGUUGCCGUGAAAAUUCGUAACAAUGAUUCAAGUCCAAGGCUAACUUACUAUUGUAUUAUAAAUAUCGACAAAAAACACUUCAAAAGCUCUUCAAUUUAUCGUUAAUAAUUAGACGGUAAGGGUGAAAGACCAAUUUAUCAUUAAUCUUGAUGUUUAAUAGAUGUUACGCAAAUGCUACUAAAUGCUAAAAAGUCGCUACAAAAUCUAUUUAAAACGGAAACAAAUAUUUUAUUAUAAUUCACAGCAGUCUUUGGGUUUUUUAAUUGGGAAAACCUAGUUAGAUAUGCGGCGCUAAACUGUUUUUUUGAAAAUUCAGACUUUCUAGAAUUACAAAAUAUCGAUUGUCUGGUAUCAAAUUAUUUGUAAAAAAAUACACUUUUUAAUUAUGGUAAUGAGCCACCCUGGUUCCAUUUGAAAAAAAUGAGCUAUAAUCGAAAAUACGAUUUUGCAAACUUUAGACGCAUCUAGGGAAGUUGUGAAAAAUAAAAGACAGUCAAAUAUAUUUUUCUAGGACUACUUGAUGUAAAAUUAACAAUUUUAAAUUAUCCAUGGCACUUUAGAUUGAAAUAUAAAAAAAUAAAUAAUUUAAAGGUUAGGUGUCAAAAGUUCACAUAUGGGGUAUCAUUUUUCUUAGAAUGUCAUUUUCCCACCACGUAGUUUUUACUACUCGAACCUCAAAAAUGAACCGAUCAACCAAUUUCUCAGAAAAAUAGCAAAAAUCUUAAAAAAAAGGGCAGAUCUUACCGAGUAUCGCUGUAUACUAUUAUACAAUUCACCUUUCGGGAUAAGGAUGGAUUUGAAUAAAAAAUCACUUUUAACUAGUGCAAAUUCCAUGGUCAUAACUUAAGGACCAGAUUUAUAAACAAAUUUUUAGAACGUGCUAAAGUAAAAUCGUUAUUUUUUUCUGCUAAAAAUCAACUACGUUCUGUUAUUUUUAAGAUGACAGAAAUUACAAAAGAUUACAAAAAAUGUCAAUAGAGCAUUUACUUGUGGGAGGCGCUAAUAUUAACUUCAAUCAGUCAUAGUCAAAUUAAUCUAUAUUUCCUAUCUGAAGGAACAUUCUAUACAUUUACAAUAAUUUCUUAAUCAUUUAAAUCCCUGUCAAGCUGCACUAAUGUUGUUGUACAGGAACUCAUUUUUUUCCACAAAACAUUAAGACACCAAAACCACAGACAGUAAUUCCAAUAAUUGUCCGUUCCAAUUAAGAAAUAAUAUCUUAAAAUUCCUUACAAAGUUUGAAAUAAUCGGAUCCGUAGAAUGGAUUGAAGGGGAUCAAAGCAUAUCUCAGGAACCUUAAAGCCGUUAUUUGUAUUAAAUUAUCAUCAUAUUUUGGCUUAACUUUUACAAGACUUAACACGACGUACCACAGAGGUCCUUCCGAAGGGUAUUACGGAAAUAUGCUUUCGUCUCAUUUCCAAAUCUAAAUAUUUAGCAACUAAUUCCCUAAUGAAUGUCGUUUGACUACCACUGAUAAAAAAGAUUUUGACAAAGAUGCCGUUGCAGUCUGCCAAUAAACGUUAAUUUAAUAAACUUAGAAUUUUCGUUGGUUAAGACGGUUGAUGACGUAGAAUUUUAUUUUAAUUUUUUAACUCGUUUUGCGGUAUAUUUUAAUAAAUACCUCUUAGAACUCCCUUGCAUGAGAUGUUAUGUUCUGGUAUGACCGCUAUACAAACCCCAUGUUCCUUAGCUCUUUAUUAUUCACAUAUUGGUUUUAAAAAAAUAUUCUAUUUUUCUCAAAGAGACCGGCUUAAAUUAAAUUCCAAGCGCCAGGUCUCAAAUAUCAUAUUUAUAUUUGAACACAUUGGUUUACAGCCUUUACAAUUUUAAAUUCAACUAAGUUUUUGUUUUCUCAUUGGUUUCUUGGUAUUAUCGAGUUUACGAUCAAGUAUAACCUUAUCCAUAGACACGGGGUGCAUAUUGCCUGUAUUUAUCAGUUUGGACUGUAAUUAUCAAAUGUGUCUCGGUUUGCUGAGUAAUGUGACUAAAGUGGUAACAAUCCUGUCUCCUGAUUCAUUAUGAUGGUUUAAAAAUAGAAAAAAAUUCAGAGUAUCCUCCGAAAUUGGGUUAGUCAGGGUUUGGAUGAUUUCUCCAUGAAUGUCUUGGUGCUGUUUUAAACCAAUUUUUCUUGUUCAUCUUUAAAAUGUAUCGAUCAUCAGCUUCAGUUAUUUAAGAUUAAUGUUUAAGUGGGUUUUAGCGAACCACUUGAACGUGGUUUUAAUUCCACACUUUGAAACACCAAGAAUAUUUGCAAUUUUACGAAUUGUUUUAUCCACUUUUCACAAAACAAAUAUUUGUGAACGCUUUCCAAUAAUAUCACAUGGGAUCUACCAACUAAGCACUAUUUUAUAAGUUGCUGAAAAUGUUAAUUUUCCUAUAAACAAUAAUAAAGUUUGUUUACGAACUCCUUCCUAACAUUUAUCCGGCAUUCUGCUGCAAUUCACCUUUUAAUAUCGGCAAUACCCACAGGUUGUAUUUUAUAAACAAUGGCUUUAAGAUGUCUUCAAAGAAAGAAAUCUAUGGGUUUUAAAUUCGGUGAUCUUGAAGGCCAUUCAAUUGUUUUUUGCCAAUCCAUCUAUCCGGGAAUCUCUCGCUCAGCCACUAUCCGAACGGAAAUAAUGAGGUAUAGCAGCGUCCUGCUGGAAUAUUAACAAAUCUGUUUUAAUUUUUGAGCUUAUAGCCUAGGGAUGAUGCAUAGUAAGGUACAGGUCACCUGUCAAAGCUCUUGCAAUAAAUAAAGAAAAAUUCCAAUGAAAUAUUAACUUUUUGGAGAUAAAAUGUAAGGCUUACUCAAAAAAUAUGCGGGUUUUCGUCACUCCAAUAUCAGUGCAUUUAUGCACUGAAUAAAAGUUACCACUGAACAGCCCAACAAGCAAAACCGAAUAAACAAUAAUAAUCCUGUUUUGGUUGUCUUUUAAAUAUGUUUGGUUAAAUAAACAGCAGUAUUUUCAGACCAGAUGCCAUAGUUUUUGUGUAAGCAUUAACUGCUAAACCAAAAUCUCAAACUUAGAACUAAAUUUAAUCAUAAAAUACCGAUGAAUACAGUAACAAAUUAUCACAAAAUCGUUUUUUUCGAUGAUGCCAUUUUACUUUUACACUUAGCUAUAGACAUGCACCCCUUAUUGCUUAUAUUUAUCCAAUGUGUUUUCCUCAUUUAAAUUUAUAGGCUCAGUUUGCCGAGCAAUGUGAUAUUGUGGAAAACAACCCUGGCUCUUAAUUAAUUAUGAUGGUCUGACCCAGUCACGUGAUUUAUAACACUUUAACCAAAAAAAUUACCUGAUCAACCAAUUCCGCUGGAAAAAGUAGAAAAAAUCUUAGUUCAAUGGGUAGAUCUUAUCGACUAUUCCUUUGGACUAUUAAACCAUUCAUCAUGGAUUAAUUGAAUAAUUAAUCUGGUGCACAGUGUCAAGCCCAUAAAAAAGAUAGGGAACAAGUGAUAUUCCAAGAAUAAACUGAUUUUUUUCUAAUUUAAAAUUUUCAUUGGACCUUUUUUCCCCAUUAUUGUCAAACUCGGUGUUGCUAAAAAAACUACGAGUUUAAUUAAGAAUUUAAAUAUUUUCCGACUGAAAUUUCGUCUCGUCAUGAUGAAAUUUCGAAUUUCCGAAAUAUGUCCGAUGACUAUGUUAAUGAAGCGCCCUGCUUACCUAGUAUUAAGCCCAAAAAGAAGUACAAGUUUUUGUUAUGUUUUUUAUUAGAAUAACUUUAUUUUAUUUAUUACAUGUUGAAAUAAAUAUACAUUUUUCUUUAUAAAAA